AUGGCCAAUCUAUAUUUAUUAUUAUUUCUCUUUGUCUUUCUCUUUCUUUUCUCUCUUUUUUUUUCUUUCUUUCUUUCUUUUUUCUUCUUCUCUUCUCUUCUUUCUUUGUUUCUUUGUUCUUCGUUCUUUCUUUCUUUUAGUUUCUUUCCUUCUUUCUUUCUUUCUUUCUUCUUGUCUCUUCUCUUCCUACUUUCUUUAUUGCUUUCUAUUUUACUUCUCCCCUCUUCUUUCUUUCUUACAUUCUUUCUUUCUUUCCAUCCUUCUCGUCUUUUCUCUUUUUUCUCCCUUUCUUCAUUUUUCUUUUCUUUCUUUCUUUCUUUCUUCCUUUCUUACUUUCUUUCUUUCUUUCUUUCUUUCUUUCUUUCUUUCUUUCCAUCCUUCUCGUCUCUUCUCUUUUUUCUCCCUUUCUUCAUUUUUAUUUUCUUUCUUUCUUUCUUUCUUUCUUUCUUUCUUUCUUUCUUUCUUUCUAUCCUUCUCGUCUCUUCUCUUUUUUCUCCCUUUCUUCAUUUUUCCUUUCUUUCUUUCUUUCUUUCUUUCUUUCUUUCUUUCUCGUCUUUUCUCUUUUUUCUCUCUUUCUUCAUUUUUCUUUUCUUUCUUUCUUUCUUUCUUUCUUUCUUUCUUUCUUUCUUUCUUUCCAUCCUUCUCGUCUUUUCUCUUUUUUCUCCCUUUCUUCAUUUUUCCUUUCUUUCUUUCUUUCUUUCUUUUUUCUUUCUCGUCUUUUUUUUUUUCUCUUUUUCAUUUUUCUUUUUCUUUUCUUUCUUUCUUUCUUUCUUUCUUUUCUUUCUUUCUUUCUUUCUUUCUUUCGUGCUUUCGUUCUUUCUUUCUUUCUUUCCAUCCUUCUCGUCUUUUCUCUUUUUUCUCCCUUUCUUCAUUUUUCUUUUCUUUUCUUUCUUUCUUUCUUUCUUUCUCGUCUUUUCUCUUUUUUCUCCCUUUCUUCAUUUUUCCUUUCUUUUUUCUUUCUUUCUUUCUUUCUUUCUUUCUUUCUUUCUUUCUUUUUCUUUUUUUUCUUUUUUUUUCUUUUCUUUUUUCUUUUUUUUUUCUUUCUUUCUUUCUUUCUUUCUUUCUUUUCUUUCUUUCGUGCUUUCUUUCUUUCGUUAUCUCUUUCUUUCUUUCUUUCUUUCUUUCUUUCUUUCUUUCUUUCUUUCCAUCCUUCUCGUCUUUUCUCUUUUUUCUCCCUUUCUUCAUUUUUCUUUUCUUUCUUUUUUUCUUUCUUUCUUUCUUUCGUUCUUUCGUUCUUUCUUUCGUUCUUUCUUUCUUUCGUUAUCUCUUUCUUUCUUUCUUUCUUUCCAUCCUUCUCGUCUCUUCUCUUCUUUCUCCCUUUCUUUAUUUUUCCUUUCUUUCUUUCUUUCUUUCCUUCCUUCCUUCUCGUCUCUUUUCUUUUCUUUCUUUUUUUCUCUUAUCUUUCUUUCUACUCGUCUCUUCUCUUCUUUUCUUUCUUUGUUCUGUUUUUUUUUCUUUUUCCUUCUCGUCUCCUCACUUAUUUCUUUCUUUCUUCCUCCCUUUUUCUCGUCUUUUCUAUUCUUUCUUUUUUCUCGUCUUUUUUCUUUCUUUCUUUCUUUCUUUCUUCCUUUCUUUCUUUCUUUCUUCUCUUCAGUUCCUUCUUUUUUCUUUCUUUCUUUCUUUCUUUCUUUCAAUGUUCUCGUCUCUUCUUUCUUCUCGGCUCAUUCUUUCUUUUUUUCUUCUCUUUUCUUUAUUUCUUCCUUUCUUCUCGUCUCUUCAAUCCUUAAUUCUUUCCUUCUUUCUUUGUUUCUUUCUUUCUUUCUUCUCGUCUCCUCUUUCUUUUUUGUUCUCUUUUUCUAUCUUUCUUCUCCUCUCUUCUGUUAUUUCUUUCUUUAUUUCAUUCUUCCUUUCUUCUUGUCUCGUUUAUUCUCUACUUUCUUUCUUUCUUUCUUUCUUUCUUUCUUUCUUUGUUCUGGUCUUUCGUUCUUUCUUCUCGUCUCUUUUAAUCAUUAUUUCUUCUUUUUUCUUUUUUCUUUGUUUCAUUCUUUCUUCUUUCCUCUUGUCUCUUCUAUUCUCUUCUUUCUUUCUUUCUUUCUUCUCUUCGUUUCUUUCUUUCUUUCUUUCUUUCUUUUAGACUCUGUCUUUUUUUUUUUUAACCUCAAUGACUUACCUACUUUCCCCGACUCUCCCUCAGCACCUAGAGCACUCACAGCCCACUGA